AUACGGCAAUGCAUCCGGAUGUUCAAUGGAAGAAAGUAGACAACGAGAAAGAGGAAGUUUGGUUUAGUUCACUUCGAGGUGGUUUUAAGAUAACGUAUGAAGAAGUCGGGCCAAUACAGCUAACGUUCCUGCGAUUACUCAGCCAAGAAGCCCACCAGAACUUUACUUACUCUUGUACAAAUUCUAUUGGAUGGUUUAAUCAACAAGCAGAAAAUUAUGAUCUGGCAAUAAGGAUUCUGGGAGAAAACGGGCAAGAAUUUUCACCCAGAGGCGUCAAGCCAUUAGUUCUCUUAGAUGGAUGUAAGAUGAAAAAAGAAGCGAGCAAAUCAAUAUUUGAAAUCCGGACGACAAAAAUGAAUCGGCUGCCAUUGGUUGACUUUUUACCAAAGGACUAUGGGUCCACAGAUCAAGCCUUUGGUUUCGAAGUAGGACCGUUGUGCUUCAGUUAAUGAAAGCCAAUGAAGCCAGGCUACGGAAGAUCUGCAAGACAAGCAUAUUAAUUACAAUCCAUGCAGCAAGGAUUUUCCAUUUCGGAACCAAUCUGCUUACAUAGGAUCUCAAAUUACAUAAAACCUAUUUCAAUUUUUAUUGUAUUUCGUGCACUUCGGUAUGGAUAAGAUGGAAUGCUAUACAGACUUUUAACGUUGUUUCUAUAGAUAAUUCGGGAAAGGGAAAAGAAAGAUAGUGUUAAUAUUCCUGUGGAAUACGGUUUUUAUGAUUUUCUUACAAUCAAGUAACUUUAUUGAAAAUUAUAAAUUAGGUCCUUAAGCUAGGAAAGGAACUAUUCAUUUGUUCAAAAUUGUAUUGAGAAUUAUUCUUAGUCUUAGGAUAUAGUUUUAUCCUACUGCAGAAUAUAUUAGUAAAUGCUGAAUUUUGCUUGUCCUUCCUUCAUACUUUAUUAUUUUAUUUAUGUUGAUUUAUUAAUUUUGCUGUGUUCAUAAUGCUGUAAAGUUCUUAUUUGUUUUCUCAGACAAGAAUAUCACUGCCAUGCAUUUAUGUGUUUACGUUUGUCUUAUUUUCGAUGAGAAUCUUACAUGGUUUUAAGAUACUCACAAUGUAAAUAAAUGUGAUGUUUUUUUGAGACGCA